CUUGACUCGAACUGCACUGAAGCUACAUAGAGCGCCGGUACCGUGCCAUGGUAGUCAUGACCGAUCCUAAUGCUGAAUCGACAGUAUCGAGCGAUUCGACACCCGCCGAUAAUUGUGAUGCUCGGGAAGACACGAUUACGAUCAUUAGAGAGCUUACAAGGGUGUGGAAGAGACAUCGAGAGCCGAUUGAUGAGAAGAUAGCCAGCACCAAGGAAGCGCUAUCAAUUGACGAAUCCAAAGCUCUGCUGUUCCAAUUACACACGAGCAUCCUACCUAUCCUCCGACAGCAAAUUAAAGAGCUAUUUUCAUCCGACCCAGAUGAUCAGAGUGAUUUCGCGAAAAAGCCACACCUUUACAAGCACGUUGAUAUCCUGGGGAUGACUGCCAAAAUCGAUCACACCCUGGAUCAGAUCAGACGUUCCGUCGAACAUAUCGCUUGCGAAACACGUCAAUCACCAAGCAACAAUGACCGGGAAUGGGGAGCUUUGAAAAGAUAUAGGACCGUUGCUCUGCUUGAAAGAAUCAAUUCUUUGUUGACUAGCACCUCUAGUUUCUUCCCCCAUUAUAUCCUUCUAACUUGGCCCAAUACAGACAAUAGGUCGCUCGAUCGUGGCCAUGACUUUGACGAUCAAUCGGAUUCCUACGACCCCAGAGAGAUAUUGGUCAGGAAGACAGACUCAUAUUUGGAUUGCAUCGAUCGUAUCAUCGACUCCUACCAUCAGUCUGACCUUGUUUAUCUCCGGAAAGGCUGGCAAUGGUGCGCAGAAGAAUUCGAAAGUUAUCUUCCAAAGAUAAUUGGUCCAAUCAAUUCAGCAAUCUCUGAAGCCAAAGGACAUCUAAGCAAACCCGCGAGCACACUUCAAGACGAUCAACCCGAAGCUGAAACUGAUCGAUCUGAGGUUGACUCUACCGAUGGUUCGGAGGACGAUCGAUCUUCGAACUCGGAUGUCAACAAUGAGAGCGAGUCCUCCAGGACAUACUUCGUUCCAAUCGCUCAGUCGGUAAUACCGAUCAUCAAGUUGAACAGGCUUUUGUUCAAGAAACUAUCAGGAUCUACGUCGAGCAUCCAACGGCUAUUGACGAUUGAUGAUACCAUGCUGAGUUCCCAAGAAAUCGAAUCGCUUAAAAAGCAAUCCGAACUCCUUCCUAUAUAUGUCAAUUCGCUCGUUGAGGCAAUCCUUCAUAUCUACAAUCGGUCAGAAGCCGGGGGUGGAUUAAAUUAUUUGCAGAGUCUCGCCGACUUGAUUUCAAACAACUUCCAUUCUACUAUAAACUUAAUAACCCGACAUCUAGUAUCUUCAACUCUUCAGCGGCUUGCAGAUCAUCCCCCAUCCAAAGACCUCAUCAUCCUCAAAACCUGGUUGUUGACAGUAGCAAACCAAUUUGCUGUGGCUUCCUGUAACUAUAGAAAGGUUGUAACUGAGUCUAUUAUAAAUAGACAACUAGCCCUGGUUGAUAUCCAGGUCCAUAUGUUACAUCUCUGAAAUUUAGACUUGCCAUACCAUUUCCCC